GGUCGCGUCCCUGCUCUGCUGGAGGGAAAACUUGCCGCUUUAACCGCUUUUCCCAUGGCGGCAGCUACCUGCAGCACCAAGGCCAUGGUCCUUUUCAAGCGGACUUUAGCUCUGAGCCCUGCCGCGGCGCCCCGGGGCGCGGGCCCGGCGUCUCCCCCGCGGGGCAGUCCCUUCCCGCCCUGCGCCUGGCCCUCCAAGGACCGGCCGUGGGGCGAGGGCGCCUGUGGCCGGCUCUGGAGCCCGACCACCGUGAGGCGUCUGUCCUCCCAUUCCAGCCCCUCAGCGUCUGCCGUCGCGGUGUGUCUGCUAUGCCCGCAGGACUCGCUGAGGAGCAGCUUGAAGACGUGUUACAAGUAUCUGAAUGAGACCAGUCGGAGUUUCGCUUUGGUAAUCCAGGGCCUGGACGGGGAAAUGCGCCAUGCAAUAUGCAUAUUUUAUUUGGUUCUCAGAGCUCUGGACACCGUUGAAGAUGACAUGUCUAUUAGUAUGGAAAAAAAGGUCCCAUUGCUACACAAUUUUCACACUUUCCUUUAUGAUCCAGACUGGCGCUUCAUGGAGAGCAAGGAGAAGCAUCGACAAGUGCUCGAGGAUUUUCCAACGAUCUCUCUUGAGUUUAGAAAUCUGGCUGAGAAAUAUCAAACAGUGAUUGCUGACAUUUGCCGGAAGAUGGGAUUUGGGAUGGCAGAGUUUUUGGAAAAGCACAUCACCUCUGUACAGGAGUGGGACAAGUACUGUCACUACGUUGCUGGCCUGGUGGGAAUUGGCAUUUCCCAGCUGUUGUCAGCUUCAGAGUUAGAAGACCCCAUAGUUGGUAAAGAUACAAAACUUGCCAACUCUAUGGGGCUGUUUCUGCAGAAAACAAACAUCAUUCGUGAUUUUCUGGAAGACCUGCAAGAAGGAAGACAAUUUUGGCCUCAAGAGGUUUGUAGCAGGUAUGUUAAGAAGAUGAGUGAUUUCACUAAACCAGAGAACUUUGACUUGGCUGUCCAGUGCCUGAAUGAACUUAUAACCAAUGCGUUACAUCACUUGCCAGAUGUCAUCACCUACCUUUCAAGACUUAGAAACCAAAGCAUCUUUAACUUCUGUGCCAUCCCACAGGUCAUGGGCAUUGCUACUUUGGCUGCUUGUUAUAAUAAUAAGCAGGUAUUCAAAGGGGUCGUGAAGAUUCGCAAAGGGCAAGCAGUAGCACUAAUGAUGGAUGCCACUAAUAUAUCAGCUGUCAAAGCUAUGAUAUACCAGUACAUAGAGGAGAUUUAUCAUCAGAUCCCCAACUCGGACCCAUCUUCUGAUCAAACAAAGCAGAUCAUCUCCACUUUGAAGACGCAGGGCCUCUCUGACUGUCAGGUGGUCUCCCGAAGCCACUUCUCUCCUAUUUACCUGUCGUUUUUCAUGCUCCUGGCUGCCCUGAGCUGGCAGUAUCUGAGCAUGCUAUCCCAGGUCUCCGAAGACUAUGUUCAGACUGGAGAACACUGAUUUGAGAUUGUCUGGAAGCGAAAGUUUACCAUGAGAUGGAUUGACCGUUUUUUCAAGGAUGGAUAUUGGCCUCUCUUCUUUCCCUUCUGAUUUAAUCUCGAAAAGAGUGUGAUCAUUUAGACCUAUUAAAGAAACUAAAAUGAGAAUUUCAAAAUGAAAAAGGAUCCAUUGCCCUCAUCAAACUUGGUACACUUCUGGGUAGUGGUCAGUGUUUGCUUUAUUAGCUUGAGGCUGACGACAGAACAUUCGCGGUUGCAGUUUAGGUAACGGCUGCAACAGGAGAGUCCCGGGAUUUGAUUCAGUGUGACUCCUCAGGAGGACUGGGGUAUGAAUGUAUGUAAUUUUAUGUAACUGAAUUUCCUACUAGGAAAUGAAGUGCAUUCUGUUGGUUCUUUUUGUCAUCACUUUGUACCUCUUUUAUUGGUUUCAGUGUAGUAGAUGUGAAUGUCUGUGCUAAUGACAUUUCCACAUGUCUAAGAAGGCAGACUGUUUUCUGCACAGGAGGGCUGACAGUUAAACUCUGGGUAUUCUGGAAUCUUCGUCUCAUCAGCCUUCAUAGAGAGACAACAGAUUGUUCUUGGCCCUAAUCGAGAAGAUGGCUCUCAGGGAAGCCUGAAGCUUCCGAAAAGGUUUCUUCUAAUAAACAAUUGAAUGACUUUG